AUCACCAGUAACCUAGCUGACCACCUCAUAGCAGCAAUGGCAUCCAAACUUACUCUUCUCUUCGUGGCACUUGCGCUCGCCUGUGUCUGUCCAAACGCUUAUAGCUACGGUUGCAGCAGCAUUUCACUCAAGCACCUUCGCGAUCAGAUCCAAAUCUGCACAAGAAACGUCCCCUCUCAGCAAUACUUCAACCCUGGCCAGACGUGCUCCGCCGAAGUCAGCGGCGCACUAAGGGGCGGGUCCUCCUGCUCAAUGAACCAGGCUCCGGCCUUGCUGAGCCAGUGUCUUAAAGGCUACUCCCUUGAUGGUGCGACGUCACAGGCUUGCCUUAAGACUGCAAUUGACAAUGGAAGCUGCUGCUAGCCACUGUCAACUGCGCGCUGUUUAUUAGGUUGUUUUUCAAAACAUCCAAAACAAUAAACUACUUUGAGCUUAUAAAAUA